UUGUGAUUGAAACACGUUUAUCAGUAUUGAGCAGGCGUGACACAGCAUGAUGAGAAUGAUUGUAUAUCAUCAUGCGGAACUUUGAUUUCUAGUCCAAUUCAUGGAUAUUGAAGGCAGCUGACCACCGAAUAAUCCUGAAAGAUUCGUCCCUGACCAACCGGCGUGAAAUUUUACAAUGACGCUGAAGAGGCAGGUGAUCUUCCCCACUCAUUCAGACACUGUCACUUGCGACGACGUCUCCCACAGUUUCACAAACAUCGGGAUCCUGACCGGCUACAGACCCAGCGGAAAGUCUUGGUCCUACUACCUCCGGAGCAUAUUUCAUCUACACAAUGAAACGUUCAAUGUCUGGACCCAUCUGAUAGGCAUGCUGUUCCUGGCAUGCCUGACGACCUACCAUGGCAUUACAACCGUAUAUGACGAACCGGGUGUGACAUCAUCCAUAUGGCUUCAUGGCAUCUGCUGCAUUUUGAUCCAAGUGAUGAGCACAUUGACUCACUUAUUGCGAUCAAAAUCUCGCAUGGUCAACGAAUGCGUCUAUUUCUUCGAUUACUCUGGGAUAAGCUUUGCCAAUUUUGGAACGCACGUGCUUUUAUUUCACCAUUGUUACGACCGGCGCUGGAUCAACCUUCUCGGACCACACGCUUUAAUUUUCUCAGUUGUGAUAUCAGCAAGUGUGAACGCUGCAAUGUGCUAUUGCCGCGCCAUCGUUAAACCUAACUACACAAACUGUUACAAGAUCUUCAAUCUCGUACCAAACUUGGUCUCACUCAUGUUUGGCAUCGGUCCUCUAGUGGCUAGAAUCAACUUUCCUGACGCAACAGCAGCACAACUCCCCGACCAGAAUCUCGAAAGCUUUGUGUGCCGUCUUCUCCACCUUUCAAACCUACUUUUCAUUACAACAGGCUCAUUUUACGGCAGCCAUAUUCCGGAGCGAUUUUCGCCGGGCAGUUUCGAUAUCUUCGGUCACAGUCACAUGAUGGUCCAUAUCUUCAUUACCGCUACGUUCGCCGUGCAGCAGAUAGCAGCAUAUUAUGAUAUCCCUGUGCAGUACGUCACCAAAGACAUGCGAGAGACUAUCUCAAGUUAUGGUUCCAUUUGGUUCUAUUUCUCUAUCCUUGUUGUCCUUAACUCAGCUAUUGUGGUGCAUUGUAUAACUAUUGUACUAAGAAAAGAGAAAAAACUCGCCAAAUCUAUGUAAAUUGGUACAUCUAUAACCAGUGGUUGCGAUAUUACUACACCUCUUGAUAUUUGAUGACGUAGGAGUGAAAAAAACCUGAAUCUCAGGAUGGAUCAUUAGAUGGUUCAGACGCACACGGGUACACGCAUAACCAACACACCAGUACUAGUUUAUAGUAAUUUUGCACUCAAAUUUGUAUAUUAUUAAUAUUCUUUGUUAUCUUGGUGCUUGCCGUUUUACCAUGAUGUGAUACAUUUUCCAAAAACAAUACAUA